UUGGCAACACAAGGCUUUUGCGCGGUUGGUCCAGUAGGGCACGCUUCUUGAAUAUUUAGUUAAUAGACUAUAAUAUUCGCGGUGUUCUACCAGAGUUUGCCGUCAUCGGUUAUUCGAUAGUACCCUUAAGGAUCGGUAGUGACGGUGUUGACGGCUAACUCGGGUAAUUCCCUAGGAGCUAGGAGUCGCACCUCCUAAUCUACGACUGAAGGUUGCAUCCUGCCAGCCGGAGACGAGACCACUGCUGCGACUUCUGCGAGCAUAUUAUCAUUAUUAUUAUUAUUAUUAUUGUUGUGGUUGUUGUUGUGGUGGUGGUGGUGGUUGUUGUUGUUGUUCUUAUUAUAUUUCUAAUAUUAUUAAUAUUUAUUAAUUCAAUAUUUUGAUUUCGAAUGUAUCCUGUCGGAGAAGCUGUACGCGGUCUCAACCUUAAAUGCUCUCGCAAAACAGGCGAAGGGGGGCAAGAGGAGGUGGAGCGAGGACGUGGAAGAGGACGACGAAGGGCCCGGGCCGUUGAAGCGCUCCUCGGAGCUAAAGACGCAAAUAAACUCUAUCAUCGACAGACACGAGGCGGCAGCGAGGAAGCUCCUUCUCCCUAUCAGAGUCAAAAUCAAUCGGAGGUCCGAUCUCGCCAAGCCUCUUGCAGCCUUUUUAAAGGCUUGCAAGAGGCUUUGGAAGACGAGCAAUUACUUUCCAAUAAAGGUCAGCGACAUGAGGGGAGCCCUCUCGACGAUGAAUGAUGAGGAAACCGGUACCGACGACGAAUCAGCGUUGCACGACAAAGAAGAGGAGGGUCGCGAGGAGAAAACGAAGAAAAAACGCGGCGGUGCUGGUGGCGAAAACAAAAUCCCCCACAAAAAGAUGCGGAAAAUGCCCGUCAAUGAAAUUGAUACAGACGAGGACGAUGAUGAAGGGGCAGCCUAUCAGAAGGAACGGGCGAGGCAGGCCAAACAAGGUGCAAUAAGCAAACGUUUGUCAGCGCCGAAGGCGAAGAAAAGAAAGGAAACGGGAAGCAAAAAAUCAUCUAAGAGCAAGGAGUUCAUCGCAACCAGCAGCGGCGGCAGCAACGAAGACGAUUUUAUCGACAAAACAGUUUCGCCCCCCUCACCCCGUAGGAGGUUGUAUCGCGACUCCGAAUCCGUGAUCAACAUCCAAUCAACACCUCAAACAAUUAGAAGGGAAAGAGGACGCCCGUGGAUAAAGAAAAUCGUUAACCCGGAAGAUGAGCUCGAUGAGGAAGAAGAGCAACGAUUAAAUAUCUUGCGGAUGCGGGCGGAAAAAGCAGCCGAGGGGUAUAUAGUCCAUCCAAUGACUACGCGAGGAGAUACGGCCCGACCCCUCCCAUGCCCGAAUUCUCGCCCAUCGGUAAAGCCGGUCAAGAUGACCGCGCGGACUCACAGCCCCCGCCCCUGCUGAAACAAGUGGAGGAUCUGACGGUCACCCCUGCCUCCGCAAACUCUGCAGCGAUCGUGACAGACGGAGGAGAAGAGUCCCCCUCGCCCGAUGCAUACAUAUACCCCGGUAUACAUAAAGCCGUGAUCCACAUCUGUCGGUCCUGGUAACUCGCUUCUAUAAGUAUCCUCGGGUAGCCAUGUCGGUUGCAAGUUGCCGGUACGCCAUGCUUCGGCGGCGCCGUGUCCACCUGGCGAACGGUAUGGAACUACGGGUUUAGUGCGAUAUACGCGAUUGCGUAUUUGUCAAAAACUUCAAGAGUUGUUAAAUCCAGUCCAAAAUUAUUUUAAUGAAAAAGUUACCGUUAUGUACUCUUAU